GUGUUAAAACAUGUCAAAUGAAAUAACAAUAUUAGUGUCAUCGUUUUAUAUUUCAAUGUGAGUGUGCGCUUUAUUAUUUUAUACAGUUCUUCGAACCUCACGACAUCCAAAGGCAUGGCGAUUGUCUUUGGCCUGCCAAAAUUGUGUGGCCGACACGUUGCGUUCUGUUUGCUGAGAAACCAUUACAAGGCUAUCUCUACUUAUAGUAUACAUCAUAACAAUGCCCUCUGCAAUCGCCAUAAAAAGCUGCAGAUUCCAAACAAACUGGCAACACUUCCAACAUGUUAUCAUAUUGGUGGGGCUCAUGUUAAAGAGAACUUGUCCGUAUUAGAACCCAAUAAUAUUACAGGCAAAGAUAUGAUCUUGGGUAUGAUGCAGUACAUUUGGCCAAAGGAUGAUGUGACUAUUCGAAAACGAGUUACAUUGGCUCUCGGAUUAUUGGCUGCGGCCAAAAUGUUGAACGUAUCUGUCCCAUUCAUGCUCAAAUAUGCAAUGGACGAUCUCAACGAAAAACUUGGUUCUACCGGGGAUGCAUUGUUAACUAUGGAUUCGGCACCUGAAACUGUAUUAACUGUUGCGGCGACACUGUUGAUAUCGUAUGGUGUUUGUAGAACUGCUGCUGCUGGUAUGAAUGAACUUCGUAAUGCUGUAUUUGCUAGUGUGGCUCAACAAUCCAUUAGAAAAAUUGCCAGAAAUGUUUUCUUACACCUUCACAGUUUAGAUCUAAGUUUCCAUUUAUCUAGACAAACUGGUGCAUUAUCUAAGGUAAUAGAUCGUGGAAGCCGGGGAAUAAACUUUGUACUUACUGCUAUGGUAUUUAAUAUUGUACCUACUGUAUUUGAAUUGACACUAGUUAGCACCAUUUUGGGAUUAAAUUGUGGUUAUCAAUUUGCUGCUUUAUCCUUUGGCUGUGUUUCUAUUUAUACAGCUUAUACUUUAUUAAUAACCCAGUGGAGGACAAAAUUCCGAAUUUUUAUGAAUCAAGCCGAAAACGAAGCUGGAAAUAAAGCUAUGGACUCGUUAAUAAAUUAUGAAACUGUUAAGUAUUUCAAUAAUGAACUGUACGAAGCCAACAGAUACGACCGUGUCUUACAAAAAUUUGAGAUGGCUUCGCUUAAGACUAGCUCAAGUCUGGCACUUUUGAAUUUUGGUCAAAAUGCCAUUUUUAGCAUAACAAUGAGCGCAGCAAUGAUAUUAGCCGCAAAACAAAUAGUUGAAGGUAACAUGACAAUUGGUGAUCUGGCAAUGGUGAAUGGUCUCCUUUUCCAGCUGGCCAUGCCACUCGGAUUCCUGGGAUCUGUUUACCGUGAAGUACGACAGGCGUUGCUCGACAUGCAGUCCAUGUUUGCGAUAAUGGCAUGUGACCCGUCUGUUAAAAACCGAACGGACGCCGUCCCAUUAUCAAUCAGUAAAGAAAACGCUUCCAUCGAAUUCCGAAACGUCAACUUUGGAUAUCAGAAUGGCAAACCUAUUUUGAAUGACCUGUCCUUUGUCGUUCCACCAGGAAAGAAAGUCGCAAUUGUUGGAGGUUCCGGUAGUGGCAAAUCCACAAUAAUCAGAUUGCUGUUCAGAUUUUUUGAACCUUCGUCGGGGGAGAUACUCAUCGGAGGCAAGAACAUCAAGGACGUUGAUAUGGAUAGUCUUCGGAAGUGCAUGGCAGUAGUUCCUCAGGAUUCGGUUUUAUUCCACGACACGAUCAUGUAUAACCUCCACUAUGGUGACAUGAGCAAGUCCGAAUCCGAAGUCAUCGAGGCGGCCAAACUUGCAGAACUUCACAACUCUGUGUUGAAGCUACCAAACGAGUACUCGACGCAAGUGGGUGAACGGGGCCUGAUGAUAUCUGGCGGUGAAAAGCAACGGGUGUCCAUUGCCAGGGCCAUACUUAAGGACAGCCCAAUUCUGAUAUUCGACGAGGCUACUUCCUCUUUGGACUCAAUCACCGAACAGAACAUACUGAAGGCAUUGCGGCGAGCUACUAAGGAUAAGACGAGCGUGUGCAUCGCCCAUCGGCUAUCGACCAUAAAAGAUGCGGACGACAUAUUGAUAUUGCGCAACGGGAAAGUCGCUGAACGCGGCAGUCACCAGUGGCUAAUGGAGAACGGCGCGUCCGAGUAUUCCGAGAUGUGGAACAUUCAACAAGACACGGCCUCAGCGAAGGGCCCAUAAAUGUGACCAUCCGAAUAAUAUUAUUACUAUUAUUAUUAUUAAUAUUCGUUUCAUUUUUAUGUCACGUGGUAUUUACGUCGAAAAACAUUUUUUUUUUUUUGGCGAUUGUUCUACACCGUUUUAUAUACAAAUUAUAUUAUUAUUACUUUAAUGUCCACGUUCAAGAGAUAAUAUUGCAGGCUAUACCUAGAUAUAUAAUAUUAUUAUUUGGGGAAGCGUCUGCAAAAUGUCGUAAGUGAUGACAUUUUUCAAUAUUAAUGAAAAUAAUAUGUAGAUAGGUGCCUGUUGUUACUUGUUAUAAUAUAUAGCUAUAGCCUAUAGGUAACUUAUAUAGGUACGAGAGUAACAUUAUAAUAAUAUUAUAAUCGUAACCGCUGUACUAUUGUACUUUAUUUGUUUUCUUAAUAAAUUGGAUUGUUUUUUUCAACA